CCUAGACUCUGUGACCUGAGGGAGGAGAGGGGUGGAUCUUGGACUCCUAGGUCAUGGGAGAUGGCUAGCAUGUCCUCCUGCCAUGCCUUUUUUUUCCCCCCCAAGUGGAGUGGGUCUUCAGGUUCUUCUGGAGCUGGGGUCCAGAAUUCUGGGAAAUUGAAGGAGGCAGGAGUUGGGCUGCAUAGCAGGUGAGGACCAUCCCUGUGACACUAUACAGGCCAGCACCGCCGCCAUGAUGUGCGAGGUGAUGCCCACCAUCAGCGAGGAUGGCCGGCGGGGCUCGGCGCUGGGCCCGGACGAGGCAGGCGGCGAGCUGGAGCGCCUCAUGGUCACCAUGCUCACGGAGCGCGAGCGCCUGCUCGAGACUCUGCGCGAGGCGCAGGACGGGCUGGCUACGGCGCAGCUGCGGCUGCGCGAGCUGGGCCACGAGAAGGACUCGCUGCAGCGCCAGCUUAGCAUCGCACUGCCCCAGGAGUUUGCGGCUCUGACGAAGGAGCUGAACUUAUGUCGGGAGCAGCUGCUGGAGAGGGAGGAAGAGAUUGCAGAACUGAAGGCGGAGCGGAACAACACGCGGCUUCUCCUGGAACACCUGGAGUGCCUGGUGUCCAGGCACGAGAGAUCACUGCGCAUGACCGUGGUGAAGCGCCAGGCCCAGUCCCCGGGCGGGGUCUCUUCCGAGGUGGAGGUGCUCAAGGCUCUAAAAUCCCUUUUCGAGCACCACAAGGCCCUGGAUGAGAAGGUCCGGGAGCGGCUGCGGAUGGCGCUGGAGCGGGUGGCAGUGCUAGAGGAGGAGUUGGAGCUGAGCAAUCAGGAGACUCUGAACCUUCGAGAGCAGCUGUCUAGGCGCCGGUCCGGGCUGGAGGAACCUGGCAAGGAUGGGGAUGGGCAGACCCUUGCCAACGGCCUGGGUCCCAGCGGGGAUUCGAACCGGCGCACAGCGGAGCUGGAGGAGGCCCUGGAGCGGCAGCGUGCGGAGGUGUGCCAGCUGCGGGAGCGCCUGGCGGUGUUGUGCCGCCAGAUGAGCCAGCUGGAGGAGGAGCUGGGCACCGCCCACCGCGAGCUGGGUAAGGCCGAGGAAGCUAACGCCAAGCUCCAGCGCGACCUCAAGGAGGCCUUGGCACAGCGGGAAGAUAUGGAGGAGCGGAUCACGACCCUGGAGAAGCGCUACCUGAGUGCCCAGCGCGAGGCCACGUCUCUGCACGACGCCAAUGACAAGCUGGAGAACGAGUUGGCCAGCAAGGAGUCGCUGUACCGGCAGAGUGAAGAGAAGAGCCGUCAGCUGGCCGAGUGGCUGGACGACGCCAAGCAGAAGCUGCAGCAGACUCUGCAGAAAGCAGAGACCUUGCCCGAGAUAGAGGCGCAGCUGGCCCAGCGCGUGGCGGCGCUCAAUAAGGCUGAGGAACGUCAUGGAAAUUUUGAGGAGCGGCUUCGGCAGUUGGAGGCCCAGUUGGAGGAGAAGAACCAGGAGCUACAGCGGGCCCGGCAGCGGGAGAAGAUGAACGAUGACCACAAUAAGCGGCUUUCCGAGACAGUGGACAAGCUGCUGAGCGAGUCCAACGAACGGUUACAGCUUCACCUCAAGGAGCGCAUGGGCGCGCUGGAGGAGAAGAACUCACUGAGUGAGGAGAUUGCCAACAUGAAGAAGCUUCAGGAUGAGUUGCUGCUCAACAAGGAGCAGCUCUUGGCGGAGAUGGAACGGAUGCAGAUGGAGAUUGACCAGCUUCGGGGGAGGCCACCAUCCACCUACUCCAGGUCUCUCCCUGGCAGUGCCCUGGAGCUCCGUUACUCCCAGGCACCCACCUUACCUUCGGGCGCCCACCUGGACCCCUAUGGGGCUGGCAGUGGCCGGGCAGGCAAGAGGGGCCGCUGGUCGGGGGUCAAGGAUGAGCCCUCCAAGGAGUGGGAGCGGUCUGCUCCUGCGGGGUCCAUGCCACCCCCAUUCCCUGGGGAGCUGGAUGGCUCAGACGAGGAGGAAGCAGAGGGAAUGUUUGGGGCUGAGCUGCUCUCCCCGAGUGGGCAGGCCGAUGUGCAGACACUGGCCAUCAUGCUUCAGGAGCAGCUGGAGGCCAUCAACAAGGAGAUCAAGCUAAUCCAAGAGGAGAAGGAGACAACAGAACAAAGGGCAGAGGAGCUGGAGAGCCGGGUGUCUGGCUCUGGCCUGGACUCGCUGGGCCGCUACCGAAGUAGCUGCUCACUGCCCCCCUCCCUCACCACCUCUACCCUUGCCAGCCCCUCCCCUCCCAGCUCUGGCCACUCAACACCCCGCCUGGCACCCCCUAGCCCUGCCCGUGAGGGCACCGACAAAGCUAAUCAUGUCCCCAAGGAGGAAGCUGGGGCCCCACGAGGGGAAGGGCCAGCCAUCCCUGGAGACACCCCACCUCCCACUCCCCGCUCUGCUCGCCUUGAGAGAAUGACCCAGGCCUUGGCACUGCAGGCGGCAUCCUUGGAAGAUGGGGGCCCCUCACGGGGAAGUGAGGGCACCCCAGAUUCCCUGCACAAAGCCCCUAAGAAGAAGAGCAUCAAGUCAUCCAUAGGCCGUCUCUUUGGCAAGAAGGAGAAGGGGCGGAUGGGACCACCAGGCCGGGAUAGCUCUUCUCUGGCUGGAACACCCUCAGACGAGACAUUGGCCACUGACCCUCUGGGGUUAGCCAAGCUGACAGGCCCAGGAGACAAGGACCGAAGGAACAAGAGGAAGCAUGAACUUCUGGAGGAAGCCUGCCGCCAGGGCCUGCCCUUUGCUGCCUGGGAUGGGCCCACCGUGGUCUCCUGGCUAGAGCUGUGGGUAGGCAUGCCUGCAUGGUAUGUGGCCGCCUGCCGGGCCAACGUCAAGAGUGGCGCCAUCAUGGCCAACUUGUCAGACACAGAGAUCCAGCGCGAGAUCGGCAUCAGCAACCCACUGCACCGGCUCAAGCUGCGCCUCGCCAUCCAGGAGAUGGUCUCGCUCACCUCGCCCUCGGCUCCCGCCUCCUCCCGCACGUCCACAGGAAACGUGUGGAUGACACAUGAGGAGAUGGAGUCACUUACGGCCACGACCAAGCCUAUCCUGGCAUAUGGCGACAUGAACCAUGAAUGGGUGGGGAACGACUGGCUGCCCAGCCUGGGGCUGCCCCAAUACCGAAGCUACUUCAUGGAGUCGCUGGUGGAUGCCCGCAUGUUAGAUCAUCUUAACAAGAAGGAGCUCCGGGGCCAACUCAAGAUGGUGGACAGCUUCCACAGGGUGAGUCUGCAUUAUGGUAUCAUGUGCCUGAAGCGCCUCAACUAUGACCGGAAGGACUUGGAGCGGAGGCGGGAAGAAAGUCAGACCCAGAUCCGAGACGUGAUGGUGUGGUCCAAUGAGCGGGUCAUGGGUUGGGUGUCCGGGCUGGGCCUGAAGGAAUUCGCCACGAACCUCACGGAGAGCGGGGUGCACGGGGCGCUGCUCGCCCUGGACGAGACCUUCGACUACUCCGACCUGGCCUUGCUCCUGCAGAUCCCCACGCAGAAUGCGCAGGCCCGGCAGCUCCUGGAGAAGGAAUUCAGCAACCUCAUUUCCUUAGGCACAGACAGGCGGCUGGACGAGGCCAGAGUUCUGGGAGUUCCCGGGCAGACGGCGUCUCCGUCCGGACCUAUUCCUGCUAGUGUAGGCCUCCAGGUGACCUCACUCGGAUGGAAGAAGCUUCCAGAGGCUGGGCUUUUCCCCCUCCCGCCCAGAGUACGGUCUGGCCAGGGAGAGCGGGCGGGGGCGCUCGCGCCGCGGACUGGACCAUCUGCACAGACAAGCGGGGGGCACGCGUCCCCGCCUCACACAUGGACUGGGCCUGGACCAAACCACAUGAACUGGACUGAGAGGGGGAAAGAAGAGGGCGGGAAGAAAUCCCGCUCCGAACUUCCGCCUCCCUUUUCUCUACUUUGUAAUUUAUUGAUCAGUUUCCGAUGGGAGAUGGAGGCCCUUUCCCCGCGGGAAGGGGACGGGGCUUCCCUCCCGGGCCGCAUGCGGGGAGAGGCUGCCCCCCCUCCUGUCUCCUCCCCAGUCGCGGGGCCCAAGUCUUCCUUCUUCGUCCGAAAGGAGGGGAGGGGGGACUCGCUGCUACAAGCCUCGCCCCCUGUGCCGCUCAGCCCCGCCCCGCCGCGUCCCGUCGCCGGUGCCUGGGGUCAGCUGCGGGCGGGGCCCCCUCUCCAUCCCCAGUGUCUCGUGUCCCCGGGGCCCCUCCGCCCCCCGUGCUGUGGCCGUGUCCGUGCCCCGGGGGUAGGGGGCGCAGAAGUGCGCUCCCCGUUCCCCUCCGGCUCCGGGGUUUGCAUGGGAGAAUCCUCUUUCCACGAUGCCACUGGGCGACGUGGCGUGGGGGAAGGGAGGAUGGUGGGGGAGCCCUCGCCCCCGACUCUUGGUCGGCCUCCCUGCCCCAGGCGUCACUCAGUGAUCACGGGUAAAGAGAACUGUUUCAAAAAGCUCCCAUGUGGACUGAUUUAUUUGUCAGGACCUUAUGAAAGCAACCACAUCCAGGACCCGGGAGUCCAGGCUCCUCCUCCCUCAGACCCACGAGUUCAAGUCCCCAGUUCCGACCUGCGUUCCCCGGUGCCCUGAGAAUCCAGACCCCACGCCUGACAGUAGGGUUUCGAGAAGCACGUUUAUUCAGAGAAAUAAAUAUGGCUCGUGGAAGGGGGUUGGAGGGCCAGAGAGGUACGUCUGCGCGCAGCCGCGCGGCCGGGUCAGGGUUCCGGAGUUGCCAGCAUGUCCGCCAGGGUUCUGGAGAGGAGGACAUAGAGGUUAGACAGCGUGUGUCCAAGGCUCACCCCAGGGCGCUUACAGAUCAUUAACUUGCCCAUUUCACCGACGGGGAAAGGGAGUCCCAGGGUCCUCCAAUAACUCGUAGCGGGACAGCGCCACUCUAAACGGCCCUUAAACUUCCCCCCUCCACACACUUACUGGUACAGGGACGAGGAGAAAUAGUCGACGUAGCUUCCUGUGGGAGAGAAGAGGCUUGAGGGAUACUCCACGGGCGAAAUUACGGGGCCGCUUUUCACUCAUUCCGGGAUCAGAACUAGCUCUGCCCCCCUUUUUCCUAAUUGCUUCUCCAAACUGGAUUCCUUCUAUUGGGACUCCUUUGAAGGUCCCUCUCCUUCCUCCUUGCUCUGGGGAUCCCCAUUCUCCAGUAGCCGAGGGCCUUCGAAUUCUGCCUGCUUUGGCCCCGCCCACUAGGUUCUAGGCGCACCCCUCAAAACCCUCCACCUGCUCUAGCCUCCUAGGCUUCAGGAUCCAUCCCCAACCGUCCCUUCGUCCAGGCCCUGGCCCUCUGUGCUCGCCCCGCUCCACCCAUAGACUUCCACUUCUGGCCAUGCCUCCCCGCCUAGCCCCGCCCCACAACCUUCCGGGCCCACCCCUCCGAUUGGCUCCUGCCCCGCCAGGGUUUGCUUCGCUGGGCCCCGCCCACGCUCACCUGGAGUGCAGACUGUUUCGCAGACCAGGGGGCAGAGGUAGCAGAAUUGGCAGUGCUGGGGGCGGG